CCCCCAAAAACCCCGAGCGCGGCCAACAAACACCCAUCACACAGCGCACGCGCGUCACGCCACCGCCCCACCACAUCCUUCACCAGCGGCCCGCGAGCACCCAUGGCGAAGGGAGGAGGAGCGCGCGAGGGCGGCGCCCUGAAGACGGCGGUGAUCGUCGCCGGGGGGCUCGCGCUCGCGUGGGUCACCAUGGAGACCGCGUUCAGGCCCUUCCUCGACCGCCUCCGCGGCGCCGUCUCCCGCAACACCGACCCCGCCCGCGACCCCGACCAGGAGGAGGCCCCCGCCGCGGCCGAGGCAGAGGAGGAGAAGACGCCCGCGCCGCCGGCCCCAGCCGUAGUGGAGGAGAAGGUCGAGGAGAAGGUGGCCGAGCUGGAGGAGAAGGCGGAGGAGGCCACCGCCGCCGCCGACAAGGCCGAGUGAAGGGGAUGCGCCCCUGUCCGGUUACCCUUCUGAAUAUGCUGUUGCCUGUUGGUUCUGUGAAUCUGUUCUGUGAUCUGGGAGCUUGUCGUCGUCAUGGAUGAUGCAAAGUUUGAACCAUAUAAUUUCAGCACCUGCAUCUCAGUAAUCGUUUCUGUUUA